UCUGGCACUUAUCACCCCCCAUACUCUUCUGUUAACGACAGGGGUGUAGACAAGCCGUUCAUUUGCGGAAGUGUGGGUCCAGGUUUUAAACAAGAACGCAACAACAAAGGGCAUCGCAUUGGAAAGUCGUGGAAAUACGGCAUCUAUCGCCAAGCCAUACCAAUUCAGUUGGUUGCUCCAAACUUGACGCUCACGCCAUGGCAGCUGCGGAACCCGUCUACAGUCCAACAACAGUUUCAGAGACUAAAUCCAAAAAGUGGUUAAUUGUACCAACAGAUAAUUUGGAUAAAGUCAGAUGUUUGAUAAAGGUGGUUGAAGUGCUCCUGUCGUUUGUGGCCUUCAUUCUUGAAGAGGUAGUGACGAACUGUAUGAGCUGCUCUCCGCUGUACUUCUUUGAGUUUGUCAGCUGCACAGCCUUCCUCUUCACAACUCUCCUCCUCAUCCUCCUCGCUACCACCCUGCACAAGAGAGUGGGCAUCAGCUGCUGGCCCUCCCUGGACUUUGUGUACACAGCUUUGAUGGCUGCAUUCUUCCUCAUCGCCUCCAUUGUGUUUGCCUCAGAUAAUAGUGGAACUGACCUGGAGAAUGCUGCUGUGGCAUUUGGCUUCCUGGCCACUGUGGCAUUCCUGGUGGAUGCUGGCUGGUUUGUGAAGACCAGGGGUUUUCCUUUUAAAAAGACCAACCAGCAAGCAGCAAGCAACGGCGGGGCCCCCGUGGCAGAGGCCGAGAAACUCAACAGGGAACAGAACGAAGCAGACUAGGCCCAAGGAUACCUAAACGAGUAACACUGGUAUCUCUUUGUCCCACAUUUACACACGCAAACAAGCAACACACUAAGACUAUCAGAGGGCCACCUUAUAUCUGCUUAAAGGAAGGAAAGAAAUCUCCAGUAGUUUUAACAUCUUAUUCAGAGGCCUGUGCUGUAUACAUUCUGUUUCCUUGGACCAUGGACCUGCUUGGAAUGGGACCACUCAUUGAUAAAAAUAGACCAAGGCUCUCCAACCCUGUUCCUGGAGAUCUAUCCUCCUGUAGGUUUUCACUCCAACCCCAGUUGUAACUAACCUGAUUCAGCUUAUAACCAAGUAAUUAUUAGAAUGAGGUGUGUUAGAUUAGGGUUGGAGUGAAAACCUACAGGACUGUAUCUCUCCAGGAACAGGGCUGGAGUUUAAACCUACAGGACUGUAUCUCUCUAGGAACAGGGCUGGAGUUUAAACCUACAGGAGGGUAUCUCUCCAGGAACAGGGCUGGAGAGUCCUGGAAUAGAUUUAUGAGAUUUUAAGAUCACUGUAUUGCCUUACCACUGACUGUCAUUACUGCAUUUCUCAGUGUUACUGGGAUGACCACCUAUCUGUACUUGCAAUUGAGUCUAAUAUUUUUCUUAAUCUUAUCAAGAUGCCUCCAGCUAUGGAAAAUGCUGUAUCUAAUCUCUCUCUAAAAAAUGGGUUAGGAGUUAAAAAAAUAAUAUUUAUCCAGUUAUUUACAGUCAAACCCAACACAUUCAUAUCCAUUUUGGAAAGUACAGUUACAUUAUUUAACUGGAAGAAAUCGUUUUAAGUCGACAUCAUUUAUUAGCCAGUUUUAAGGAAUGACAAUAUGAUUAAAUUCAAACUCUUUAGUAAGGAAAGGGAACAGUAAUGCCAGAAACAUUUUUACAGAAAUACAUAUUUUUUAAUUAAUGGGCCCCUGUCAUUUUAUUUUAGACCUAUUUCUCACAAGUAUCGCCAAGUCAUUGAUUUCUAUGGUUUUAAAAUUUCAGUCCAUGCAAGCAAGUAUUUCUAUGAGUCCAACUCCACGUUCCUUAUUGGUGUUCAUACCAUAUAGAUACAGUUUCAUUGAUUGCUAUAUUUAAAAUGUAACUGACCAUAUCUAAUGUUUUUAAAUGCCUUUUCAACCACAGUUUGUAUUUUAAUUGUAUGUGUUUUUCUUUAUUUCAGAAGUAAACUUGGAGGGAGGGAGGGAGGGAGGGAGGGAGGGAGGGAGGGAGGGGUCAGGGGUCAGGGAUGAUUGAACUAUUUAUUGUCCUGGAUGGAUUUUCUUCUUUCAGUUAUUCUUCUGUUCAGUCAUGUGACCUUGUGUGUAAUGAAUUAAGUUACUUUCAGGUUAGAAUGAGACCUCAAUGUUCAUAUUUUAGUCAACAGCUAAGGUAACGUUAGCGAUAUGACGUAGAUGCACAAAGUGAACAGCAUAGUGGGUUGGCGUGAGUCUAAACUUCUCAGCUGUUUUGUUCCCGUGGCUACCACAUUGUAAGAGGUUUAAGUGAACCUGGGCAGAUACUGUGUGUGACUAUGUGAGAGUGAAGUCUUGCAUCGUUCUCGUUGAAAUAUCUGUAGUGUUGCUUGUGCAACGUAAUUUCGCUGACUCUACCUUAAACUCCCAGGUUGUAGAUGAAUAGUUUUGAAACGUUCGUUUCAGAGAAUAUCCUGGGAUUGUACUGAUGGACACCUCUUUUCCCCCAAAAAGUUCAUACACAUUUGAUUGGCCAAUGAAUUACUUACUUGAUAAGUAGCAUGUGAUUUUGGAUAGGGUCAGAAAUCCAGAUUUCUUUCAAAAAAAUGCAAUCAGUCAAUCAACAGAUAUGCUGGAUUCAUCCAGCAGCUGAUCUGAAAUGUCUUAGGUAAUAGUAGAAAGUAAUAGGGUAGACAUCUAUAAUACGCCUUUUUUCUAGUAUUGGAAUAAGACAUUAGUAUUGAAGCUGUUAUAAUCAGUGACUCCUGACUGACAAUUCCCUUACAGGCAAGACAUUCCCAUCCAAGUACAGUACAAUAAGAUUUCUCAGGACAAAUACUGUAAAAGGUUAAUGUUGUUCAUGUGGUGUUGUCGAUGAAAGAAAUGUGAUACUAGUGCCCUAUUCCUAAACCUAUCAGAUACACAGUACAUUAAAUAACUAGGUGUAAGGGUUGAAUGUUUGACUUGGAAUUGGGCAUAUACAUAGCCCUUAUCUAAACCUGUGCCUUAACACUGACUAGUAAUAUUCAUAGAUAGCCAUAUAUACUCAAUGUUUUGCGCCAAUGUUUUAUGCCUUCAUUUUUGUAAUUUAAAAAACAGUGUCAAUAAUUCAUCAUGCAAUAAAUGCCAUCACUUUUCUGAAGUA